AUGACGCAGGCACAGCCGAGACACAGCACCACGGAGAACUUAGAAGAUCCCGCCAUGGUUCUUCUCCGCGGAUGGUCGUGGUCGAUGAUGCUCAUGCUGGUUUUGCAUGCGCGACAGGCCAUGGCUGCUGGAGAGGCCACGAAGGCCACGGCUCCAGUGGCGGCGGAGCCAGAUGUCCCACUUGCUGUGCACUGGUGGAAUCAUGUGAUUGGAGGGCCAGCGGCCCCAGCGGCCCCAGCGGCCCCGGUGGAUCCAGCAGAGGAGCUAGCGGGCCAAGUGGAGCCAGCGGAGACAGCCCCAGUGGAGGCAGCGGAGCAAGGCUCAGUGGAGCCAGUGGAGCCAGUGGAGCCGGCAGCGGAGCAAGGCCCAGUGGAGGCAGCGGAGCAAGGCCCAGUGGAGGCAGCGGAGCCAGCCCCAGUAAAGCCAGUGGAGCCAGCACCAGUGGAGCCAGGGGAGCCAGCGGCUUCAUCUGGAACAUCGUCGGAGGGCCAGAGUGCCGUGGAUGACGCUGCGGAAGCUGCGGAAGUUCGCAGGCGAGGGCAAGAAGCACUUCGGCAAAUGCAACACAGAACGCAGCGACGGGAGCAUCUGGCCAGAGAGGAGGCCGCGAGAAAUCGAGAGCAGGCGAUUCAGCAAGAAGUCGACCGGCGACUCUCCGCGGCAGUGCAGCAGCAGGUGGCUGCACGAGAGAGUGCUGCGGCUCGCGAAGGCACGGCCAUGCCUUUUCUCAUGGAGGUGCUUCAGGCUGUGGUGGGUUUGGUGAGGCGCCAAGAAGAAACACAGGCCCUUCUCCAGCGCAGUUUGGAAGCUGCCGAGCAGCAGAGACGAGAGGAGGCCCGCCAGAGGACCCGGGACGCUCAAAAUUGGGCAGCGGCAGUGAACCAGAUAACAGACUUGGUGAGAGUGCAGAUGACGGGGGCGGUGUCUACAGCGACACCCGGCCCAGCAGGACAGGCCCCGGGAACGCCUGGAUUCCCUGCGCCGCUGACUCCCGGUGGACGGCGAGCGCCAGCGCCGAAGCGGACGCGCUGCAUGCGGUGCGAGGCCUGCCUCGCCGGCCUGCCGGCAGGAGCAAAGCGACUCCCUUGCGGUCAGUGGACGACGCCAACCCUCGCGAGGGACAGCCAGGGGCGGUGGAUGUCAGUGGAGCGCUCUGCCUCACCGGCACCGGCUGGUGUCAAGCGAUCGGUGGAGGUGGAGGAGGAAGAAGGCACGGUCAAAAAGAAGAAAGAAAAGAAAAAGCCCAGAGUCGAAGCCUCGGAACACCAGCCAAUCAAGGUCAAGGAUGACCACGAUGACAAAUCAGAUCGCG